AUACACGUGUCAGUAAACCAAGGUAAUGAAGCAGUAGGCUAGUACUUUAACGUUACAUUGUCCGACACACCAAAACGUAUUGUAGGCCUAUGCAUCACUUCUUUCACAUGUUAUCGACACCUAGGGGUAGGCUAUAAUAGGCUUAUUUCGCAUCAGCAAGACUAGUCAAGACUCCUAAGAUGAAAUGUCAAAGGCGAUGAUAGGUUUUUAUAGCGAAUAGGUUUGAAAAGUCUCAUGCUUCGGAACGCAUCUGCAAAAAAUAUGAGCUGCAUCGGUAACAUCUUAGAACAGUUAUUUAUUGACAGAAGAAUAUAGGCAACACUUUACAUCUACAUCGUACCUCAACCCUAACGAACCAUAAUGAAGCUUCUGGCUAUUACCACAUCAGAAAAACCCAGCCUGUGGAUAUUCGGAUAUGGCUCCUUAGUCUGGAAACCAGACUUCAAAUACAAGAGGAGCAAAGUCGGUUAUAUUGAAGGAUACAGUCGACGCUUCUGGCAUGGGGACAAUUUCCAUCGAGGAGACAAAGACGUGCCAGGUAGAGUGGUAACUUUGGUGGAAGAUCAAGAUGCUUGCACUUGGGGGGUAGCCUACGAGGUCACUGACUCCCAGAUGGAGGAGUCUCUGCAGUACCUGAAUGUGAGAGAGGCUGUGCUGGGGGGCUACGUCACCAAGAUGGUGGAGUUCACUCCCAGAGAGAAGUACCAAGGGUCCCUGAUCGCCCUGGUCUACAUUGCCACCUCUGACAACCCCAUAUACCUCGGGCCUGCCACUCCCACAGAGAUAGCUGCUCAGAUUACCAUCUGCAGAGGCAACACGGGCCACAACAUAGAGUACCUCCUCCGCCUGGCUGAGUUCAUGAGGCUGUACUGUCCCGAGGUAGAGGACGACCAUCUCUUCUCCAUAGAGGCAGCCGCUCUGGCUCUGGUCAUCUGAACUACCAGGGCCAGGGAUACUCACAUCUGACCACCGGUACGACACUCAACCCUUACGUCACUCGCUACGUUACUUGCUAAUGUGAACAACAUGAAGACACUGACAAUGUGAAUACACUGACAAUGUGAAGACAGUGAGAGUCACUCCAACUCAUAAAAAGGGUCAACAUGUCAUGAUCACUGUUUUUGUUGUCCAUUGUCAGUAAUCACCCAUGACAUUGACAUUUUUUAAGCUGAAAGGGCAAUGAGAUUAGAAUCAAGGUGCAGUAUGCUUCUCUACAAGGUGUGUAAACACUGUCCAAUAAAUAUACUUCAUAUAUGGCAUCAGAUGAAUAAAUAAUAUUUGCGUUGUGUUUAUGAAGGUCCUGGGUAACAUUAGAAUAUGAAAAAGUAAUUAUAUAAAAUAACAAAAUAGUAUUUUAAUUAGUUUGUGUUGCUGUAGGCUAUCUGUUGCCUCAUACUCAAGUGUGGCGCUCAUGAAACAGUGGUUAUUUAUGCAAUAAGGCCCGAGUGGUUGUGGUAUAUGGCCAAUAUACCAUACCAUGCCUAAGGGCUGUUCUUAAGGCCUGGAUACAGUCCU